CGCCGCUCGCGGCCGGCUCCGCGCCGCAUCCCUCGGGUGCUUCGCAGCUUAGCGCAGCGGCCUUUUUGCAGCUGAGCGGCUGCAGCGGUUCAGGACAAAGAGUUGUGGGCAGGCCUCUGGGCCAACUGGUACCAACAUGGCAGAAAAAGUGAACAACUUCCCACCAUUGCCCAAGUUCAUCCCACUGAAGCCAUGUUUCUACCAAGACUUCGAGGCAGACAUCCCUCCCCAGCAUCUCAGCAUGACUAAGCGCCUCUAUUACCUCUGGAUGUUGAACAGCAUCACACUGGCCGUGAACCUGGUGGGCUGUCUUGCGUGGCUGAUCGGAGGCGGGGGAGCCACCAACUUUGGCCUCGCCUUUCUCUGGCUCAUCCUCUUCACACCCUGCUCCUACGUCUGCUGGUUUCGGCCCAUUUACAAGGCCUUCAAGACCGACAGCUCUUUCAGCUUCAUGGCAUUCUUCUUCACCUUCACGGCCCAACUGGUCAUCAGCAUCAUCCAGGCUGUGGGCAUCCCAGGCUGGGGCGUCUGUGGCUGGAUCGCCACCAUCUCCUACUUCGGGACAAACAUUGGCUCAGCAGUGGUGAUGCUCAUUCCCACCAUCAUGUUCACAGUUGUGGCUGUCUUUUCCUUCAUCGCCCUCAGCAUGGUUCAUAAAUUCUAUCGGGGAAGUGGGGGAAGUUUCAGCAAAGCUCAGGAGGAAUGGACCACAGGGGCAUGGAAGAACCCACAUGUGCAGCAGGCAGCCCAGAAUGCAGCCAUGGGGGCAGCCCAGGGUGCCAUGAAUCAGCCGCAGACUCAGUAUUCCGCCACCCCUAACUAUACAUACUCCAAUGAGAUGUGAGCCAGCCAAGUCUACAGGAGGCAGGGCUGGGGGCCAGUGGGACAGGGGGCUCAAGCUACAGCAUCUGUUGUGGUAACCAAGCAGUGUUUCCCCUUCCCUUUUCUCCUCCUCCCGAACUUUGUACAAAGAAUCAGAGUUAUAUAUAUAUAUAUAUAUAUAUAUGUAUAUGUCUAUUCCCUGCCCCCACUUUUUGG